AUGGGGUCUCAAAUUGCGAAUGACGCGCGUCCGACUUACACAAUCCUUCACGCCGAUGGACUCUACCCUGACGACAACCUGGAGCAAGAGAUUCUCAGGUCGAAGGAUCAAUCUUACACCGUGAACUAUCAUCAAGGGCAUCUUUCGCCUGCAGGAGUGCCGACUUACAAACCAUGGUCGACUAUCGACAAGAGCCUUCGUGAUAAGGUCGAUGGAAUUUCAAUACUGAAGCCAGAGUUCACCGCUGCAGAUCUGGAAUUAUUCCCCAAUCUCAAAUUGCUCGUUCGCAUGGGCGUCGGCUAUGACAAGGUGGAUCGCAUUGCCCUCGACAAACGAGGCGUGGUGCUUUGCAACAUUCCAGAUUAUGGGACGGGUGAAAUUGCUGACCAUGCAAUGGCACUCGCGCUGUCCCUUCGUCGCGGUGUAAUCCACCACCAUGAUCUUCAACGGGGAAAUCCGCCUGCAGCUUGGAGCCCCAUCGACACUCCCCUCAUCUCCAGGAUCCAGAACGCCACCUUCGGCAUUCUGGGACUUGGUCUGAUCGGCACCGCAGUUGCUCUCCGGGCAAAGGCAUUUGGUUGGAAAGUCCUUGCCUAUGAUCCUUUUGCGCCAAAUGGAAUCGACAAGGCCUUGGGCAUAGAUCGGACUCGCGAUAUCAAUGAGCUCUUCCGGAGGAGCUCCACAAUUAGCGUGCAUUGCCCAGCAACUCCGCAAACCAUCAACCUCGUGAACUACCAGUUGCUCAGUCUCAUGCCCAGAGGCGGAUUACUGAUCAACACCGCCAGAGGCGAGGUUGUCAAUCUCGACGACGUAGAGCGAUGUCUGAGAGAAAACAUCCUCGGCGGCGUGGGUUUGGACGUCGUUCCAGACGAGCCGAUUCCGGCGGAGGGUCCCAUUCACUCUCUUCUACAGGCGUAUCGCAACCAUGAACCAUGGCUUGUCGGACGAAUGGUGGUGACGCCACACAGCGCUUACCAGAGUCCGGAAAGUUUGCUGGACAUCAGGAUCAAGGCUGCCGAGGUGAUGCGGGACAAUCUGAUCAACAAGCUCAAUGUCAAUAUUAUCUCGCUGAGAAAGGUCUAG